GGGUAGUAAUGCCUCUGCCCCCUCCCGGGGGACCGCGGAGCAGCAUUAAUAAACCUAGAAACGGAGCAGGAAACUGGCUGGGGCAGCGAGCGGAGCUCCGGCUGUGGGUUGGCGGGGGAAAGGUGGCCGCAACUGCAGCGCCGGCGGCGGCGGCGGCAGGAGCCACCCCACGGGCGAAAUACAAUAGCGGCCACUCCCGGAGGGACUCCUCGCCCGUCCGCACGGUCCCCGCGGCCGCUAGCUCGGCUCCGCGCAGCGCGGCUUCAGGCCGCCCCGGCUGCUAUGUAACCGCGUGCCUGCGGGAGGCAGGGAACUCGGGAGCGGAGCUGGGCCCCGGGGAGCUCCCGGGGGGCCAAGUUUGUGGCUACUACAGCUCGAGCGCCCUCGCCAGCCCCCUCUCGGUAGCUGGCCCGGGUCAUCCUUCGUCUCGUCGCCUGCCCGGCAGCCGCGGUCCCCGGCGAUCAUGGUGACGGUGGAGGAACUGCGAGAGAUGGACUGCAGCGUGCUCAAAAGGCUGAUGAACCGGGACGAGAACGGCGGCGGCGCGGGCGGCAGCGGUAGCCACGGCGCUCUGGGGCUGCUGAGCGGCGGCAAGUGCCUGCUGCUGGACUGCAGACCGUUCCUCGCGCACAGCGCGGGCUACAUCCGAGGCUCGGUCAACGUGCGCUGCAACACCAUCGUGCGGCGGCGGGCCAAGGGCUCGGUGAGCUUGGAGCAGAUCCUGCCAGCCGAGGAGGAGGUGCGUGCCCGUCUGCGCUCCGGCCUCUACUCGGCCGUUAUCGUCUACGAUGAGCGCAGCCCGCGCGCCGAGAGCCUCCGUGAGGACAGCACCGUGUCGCUGGUGGUGCAGGCGCUGCGCCGAAACGCCGAGCGCACCGACAUCUGCCUGCUCAAAGGCGGCUACGAGAGGUUUUCCUCUGAAUAUCCAGAGUUCUGUUCCAAAACCAAGGCCCUGGCAGCCAUCGCCCCCGCGGCGCCCCCCAGCACUGCGGAGCCUCUGGACCUGGGCUGUGGCCCCUGCGGGACCCCUCUGCAUGACCAGGGGGGUCCUGUGGAGAUCCUCCCCUUCCUCUACCUUGGCAGCGCCUACCACGCGGCCCGGAGGGACAUGCUGGACGCCCUGGGCAUCACAGCCUUGUUGAACGUCUCAUCGGACUGCCCCAACCACUUUGAAGGGCACUACCAGUACAAAUGCAUCCCUGUGGAGGACAACCACAAGGCUGACAUCAGCUCCUGGUUCAUGGAGGCCAUUGAGUACAUUGACGCUGUGAAGGAGUGCCGCGGCCGGGUUCUGGUGCACUGCCAGGCGGGCAUCUCACGCUCCGCCACCAUCUGCCUGGCUUACCUGAUGAUGAAGCAGCGUGUGCGGCUCGAAGAGGCCUUCGAGUUCGUCAAGCAGCGGCGCAGCAUCAUCUCGCCCAACUUCAGCUUCAUGGGGCAGCUGCUGCAGUUCGAAUCGCAGGUGCUGGCCACGUCGUGCGCUGCCGAGGCUGCCAGCCCCUCGGGGCCCCUGCGUGAACGUGGCAAGGCCACCCCCACGCCCACGUCGCAGUUUGUCUUCAGCUUCCCGGUCUCCGUGGGCGUGCACGCGGCGCCCAGCAGCCUGCCCUACCUGCACAGCCCCAUCACCACCUCCCCCAGCUGCUAGAGCAACCCGCCACGCCCCCUCUCCCACCCCACCCCCGCCCAGCAGCCUGGAGUUGCAGCCAGGGCUGGGAGGGGCUGUCGGUGGUCAGGAGCAGAGUCUGGGGGUGACCGGGCGCCUGCCCACAUCCAUCUAUCCCUCCGGCCGGGAGCCCUCUCCGCUCCCACCAGCCAGCAUGGCAAUAAGGAUGAGGACCACCCACUCGAAGCAAAUUGCAGAACACUCCAACCCAGAGCAAUAACGCGGGCGGCCUGCGGGGAGCGCCUGGUUGGGUGCGGGAACGCUUUUACUUUCUACGUAGGACUUUCUUACCUCAUGUUUUUAAGUAGUCAGGCUUGAAGUUAGGAAUCCCACAGACCCUGGUAAAACGUGCCGACCCGAUUUUCUUCACAGGGGAGGGAGGGAGAAAGACCCAGAGAAGACCCCAUGUGUGCCCAGGUUCCUGGUUCUGUGCUCUCCACUGAGUUCGAGGACUUCCCCUUUGGUUCUGCAGCCACCUUGGGGAUGGAGGCCUUCCUUUGUCCCCCACCACAAAGUUAGUUGUGCUUGAUACUAAGUAAAAGGCAUUUUGUUCAGAAUUCCCUCUGAGGAUUUCAACCGAAGGAGACUGGCAGUGGCUUGCUGUAGCGUUAGGGUAUAUUCUGUUGAUGUCCAGUGGCAGAGCUCAAUAGCAUGCAAGUGUGGAGGUCAUUAGGGAGCGAGGAAAUGGGCAGCAGCAGGGAUGGGAUGACCCGCUUGCCCUUGUGGCCAUUGAGAGGCAGGUAGGUGGUGGGGUGAGGAAGGCAGGAAACUUCUGGUUUGUCUGGAAGCAGAUUAUAAGCCACGCACUCUUGGCUCUCCAUGCUCUGCUCUUCAGUACGGUAUGGGAGCAUUUUUUCUUCUCAGACUGAUCCAGGGAUUUGCUCAUCCUCUGGUAUCCAGGCCGUGCCAUGUAAGGUUCUUUUGGAAAAUCGGGUGUAGUUUCUGAUUUUCCUACAGCGACUUACUCGGCGAGGCCCUUGGGUAAGGAUGGCCAUAGCAUCUUUUCUCUCCAGGCCCCUGAGUUCAAGGGGGUGGGGGAUGGGGGGUGGGGGGAGGAUGUACUCAAAAUGGAUGAUGCCCGUGAAUCUUGCUUUCCUCCUAUUCCUGGGUCUGACUGGCCAUGUGGAGAGGCUUUCUCAAAUAAGGAAGGGGCAGUGGACAUCAGGAUGAGGGGUUGGGACAGGCUUUUCUGGGAUGCUAGCCUUCUCUGCCAAGCACCCUGGGGCUCCUUGGAGGGAAAAGCCAUUUUCUAAAAGGAGAGAUGACUUUGGGGAAGGAGGAGGAAAAGGUUUCCUGCGGGUUGGGUCCUAGGGGGUUGGGAGGGGGGAGAGGAACAAGCUACUUGUUUGUGGUGUUGUGUAGCAGUGUUAGAAAGUGCGGAUUAGAGGGAAUCACAGCCUUGUCUAGAAAUGAGAAGUUGUUCGAGUGCUUGUAGCCCUUUGAGAACCUAGAUGGAAAUGAACAGUUUUGCUCGCGCACAGCCUAGUCUACCCUUCACGGCAGAAUCAAGCUGGGCAACUGCCCCUCCCCAGUGCCGCGGACAGACGGCCCAGAUCUUCACACUUCCUCCCGCGCGCUGGAGCCUGCUGGGCCCCGUGCCACUUGCCUUGGCCGAGCUCUGCCUCUGGGCGAGGCCACGUGCCCGCCUGCUGUUUCUUGGGGAGCCCUGGGUUUCCCUGUCCCCACUGCCACCUGCUGAACUGCCUUGCUUUCGGUGAGGCGUGGAGGGUGCAGUUCCUGGGCAAAGAGACAGCAGUUAGGUGGUCCCACAGUUCUCCUCAUUUCUGGAAGUUGCUUCACCUUUUGUGAUGAAGGUCGAGUGGAUUCUGUAGCAGAGAAAGCUGUGGGUCCCGAUGGCAAAUGUGCCCGGGAACAAGGGUUUUGAAGGUGGGGAAGGAAAGUAGCCCGGAACAGAUUCACCUUUUCUACACAGUGUACUUUUGCCAAAAAAAAGUCUGUACCCUGCUUUCCCGGAACAGAGUCCCACCCCACGGACGGUCGGUGGGAAUUCAGAUCAGCUCCUGGCCACGCCUGCUCCGCCCACACUUUCCAAUUCAAGUCUCCUUCCUCUAGGUUCAACAACUACUAUAAAGCCAUUUUGUUGUUGUUGUACGUGAGACCAACACAAGCUCGAAAACUCUGAGAAAUAAAACAAGCAGGGGCUUGGCUGGAGCAGGUCUUGGGGCUCACUCUCCCAUAUGAAGCCUCUUGCACACCUGGAAGAGUGUGAAUGAGGUGACCCUGCUGGGUCACUGCUGUGGCCAGGAAGUAUGACCAACUUGCACUGUGACCAACUCUGGUGCGGACUACACAAGCUGGUGGGAUCUUCCCCCAGAGACCAAGAAGGCUGCCAGUUCCCUCCUGGGACCCGGUAGGACCCUGGAGGUCUGCGGGUCCCUGGGGGAAAUGGCCUUUUGCUUGGAGCUGCUCUGGCGGGACACUGCUGCAGCCCCUCCUUCCCGAGGCCCUUCUGCUCAGGGACUCAUUCCCGCUGAACUCUAGAGUGUUUGGAAAGUAGGGGGAUUUGGGAAGCAUUAAAAAAAAAAAAAACCUCCUGGGCAAGGUGGGCAGAGGCCAGUGAGCUGGUCAGUUGGAAGUUUGAGGGGGAGUUGGCCACUCUGCCCGCAAUAUUAAUGAGGGGCUCCUCUGGUACCCCACUAAUAACCCAGAUGUGUUGCACCAGUAUAUCUGGCUGGCACUGGAGGUUUCAAGGCUGCCAUAAACGUUUUCCAGUGCUGCUCCAGAUGAGAGACUGUCUUGCUUUUCAGGGGGUGGGCUGCCAUGGGAGGCUGGACCUUUAUGACACAGCACCCGUUUGUCUCAGAACCCUCAGCUGAGGGGUUGCCACGGCUCUGUGGGAUGUCCCUGCCAGCCCGCCUGGCUCUCCAGAGCACCAAGGCUGUCUUGCUGCUCGGAAGAGAGAGAUGUGGGGUGUGGGUUCCUGAUGUUCCCAUCUAUCAAGAAGGAUGGAUGAUGUCGCCUCAUGGAAAGAUGCUUUCCCCUGCCCUAGCUCUGUCCUUGGCGCCCUGAGUCCUGUGAGGCAGCCCUCAGACAGAGCCAUGCAAUACUUGCCCCUGUGUAAAUAACCUCAUCUCAGAGUGAUGUCAUUUCUACAUUUGAUAUGCUUGUACUUCUGUAGGAUGUAUAUAGUUUAGGGAACUUUUUUUUUUAAUUUUUGUUAAUUUUUUAGAGACGUCAACAUGUCUAUUUAUUGCUUGGAAAAGAUCAUUUGAAGAAAAAUAAAAUACAUUUUCAACCACCUCUGGCUAACCUCUGAGGAAAAGAGGAGCUGACUCUUCCUUAGGAACUGCUGCUGAAGAUGUACGGGGGGCGGGGAGAAGAGCAGGAGCAUUUCCGGUCCCAGCAUACCCCUUUAGUGCUUGGAAUCAUGAAUUUGGGUGGCUGGCAGGAAUCCAGGAGCUUGUUUCUCCAGGCUGAGACCCCACCGGAAAGAACAGAAUGAUCAGGGAUGUGGCUUGAGACACUGCUCUGAUAACAGCGGAGGGCUAAGCUUGGGUGGCAGAGUUGACUUAAACCUACCUCAGUGCAAGAGCUGAGGGCCGUGACAAGAACAGUUUUGAGUUUCAAAGAAAAGCAUGGGGGUACACAGGACUCAAGAGUUCGGUGCCCAAGAAUCGUUCCCUUGGCUGCCCAUGGCGAUGUUCCGGGGGAAUAAAGAAAUGGCCCGAGGCUCAUUGGUAGUCAGUUUAUUUCUCCCCAGUAUAGUCCCAUCUCUCCCUUACAGCACAAUCAUAGUCAUUUUGGUCAGUAUUCCCAGUCAUCAUAGUACCAUCCUCCUCAUUCUUGUAGUCCUCACAGUCCUCAUAUUCUAGUCCCCUCUUUCCUCUUAUAGCAGUUAUAUAGAAAUCAUGAAGGGUGGGGAUACACAAAAGUGGGGUUGAGCAUUGCCAUAACAACAGAGGUAAAGUCCCUCCUUCAGGAGAUUAAUUCAAGGACAAAAACCUCAUCUGAGGGUUCAACACUCCAGAUUACUAGGAGAUCCGCUCAAGGAUGGGAUUCCAUCUAGUAUGCAUUGCUUUCUCCUUUCCUUAGCUAGUAAUCCAUUUAAACAAUCAUAGUGAAUUUACUUAUACUUCUAGUCAUUAUAUAUGAACACAGUAAAAAAUAUAUUAAGCUUGAAGGUUGGCUUUUCCUGGGGACAUUUUGCUAUAUAUCCCAGACCAGUCCUCAGGCCAGGUUAGUCUUUCCUAACCCCAGCAGGGUCCUCAUUCAGUUACUUCUUUUUGGGUCAUGACAGAGUUUGUUCCAUGACCGUACUUUUAUACUUAUGGCCCUUAGCUACUCCCUUUCUGAUGCCAGGGUAACUUACAGCUUGCAGGGUCCAUCCAGUCCCUGUGUCGGGACCCUCUUCAGGGUGUUAGGAAGUUAGGGCAACUGAGGCUUGUCAAGUAAACACAAUGGAUACCCAGGAGUAAAUACUGUUUCAGGGUCAACUAACUUCCAUGUUACAAAAGCAUAGCAUCAACUAUCUUCCUGUGUCCAUACAAAAAGGACAUUGCUAAACCAUGCAAGUGACAUAAAGGAAAGAGAAAAGCAAUAUAGGCUUAUUAGUGCUUGAUGGAAUUGGCUGUGCCUCAGGGGCAUUGUUGUGGGAGUAACUCAAUAAACCUAAGCUCCCCGCAGGAGAAACAAGGACAACCCAAUGUUAUCCAACAAAUGGGCAUAGGGCUCUGUUGACUGGCCCUUGCUUCAUUCACCCUCACUAAUGCAAUUUUACUAACUUCUACUGGGAUCAUGAAAAUAACUUUUCAAAGUUGGAGAAAUAAACAGGUAAAGGUGACUUUUAAAAGUCGAUCUCCACUUCCUCACACACCCCACCCGCACCCGCACCCCAGGUUGAUCUGUGAGCUGCUC